AUGAACUGCGUUCUGUUACAGGCUAAACGCUCAGCCUACGAACUUCCUGAUGGAGCCGAAUUAAUUAUCGGACCAAUGAAAACCACUUUUUCCUGCGAGGGUCGUCACUCUGGUUAUUACGGUGAUGUUGAUAACCGCUGUGAGAUUUUCCACAUCUGCCAUCCACAGAUUCUCCCUGAUGACACUUUGCAGGUUGGACACUGGAGCUUCUUCUGUGGUAACCAGACCGUCUUCAACCAAUUGACCUUCACCUGUGCUUUUCCCGAAGAAGCCGUGCCCUGUGUAUACACCCCUGAUUUCUAUUAUCUUAACGACAGAAUCGGAGAUGAAAAGGCUUUCUUCUUAACAGAAGCAGACUUAGCUAAAGCUAAUUCUCUCAAGAAAAACUAG